GCAAGUGAAAUACAUGUAAGGUAACAAGCCAAAGUUUGAAGGUGUCCUUCUUCAAGAAGAUUUGCCUAUGAGAGUCGUUUUUGAAUGCCAAGGAAUCUUAGCAAGGAUUUUCAGAGGAUUCAGUUCAAACAUUUGUGAGUACAUCACAUCGCCUGGUGUAGAGGCAGAGCUAUCAUCCUGGCCUGUCAUGCCGCCGAUGAUAGGCUCACUCGUGAAGUGGUUUCACACAGCGCCACGGUCGCAAGACGACGACAACUGCAAUGUUGAUGUCGGCGACAGGAUGUUCUUUGCGAUCACCAACCAGUGCCCUUCCUGCCUCACGGUAUCAACGAGACCGAAGUCGGAAGAAGAAAAGGAGAGAUCCUCAAGGACUGUUUAUUGCACAAAUAUCCAAAAAACGGUCACUCCAGAUGAGCUAAUUAACUUUUUCCAAAUAUACUUUGGCCAGGUUUCCCACGUAAGGAUUAUGGGCCAUGAGAACCAUGCCACCAAGAUAGCUUUUAUUGAGUUUAUGGAGGCUAGUGGCGCUAUUGCUGCUCUGAGCUCCAGCAGCAUAUAUGUACAAGGCCUUAUAAUAAGGGUCAACCCUUCAAAGACACCAAUCAGGAGGGCGCAUUUACAAUAAGCCACGCCGUGAUAACUAGUCGAUUGGUGCCUUCUGAGUUGGCAUAAGUGAAUGAGGUGUACAUAUUGUCAAGAGGAAGAACGACGGAUGAUGCAUGUGAAUGAUAGUUUAAGACUCUAUUGCCGAUGUCGUAAUUUUCAUAGACUGAUAAACCUAGAGAGCUAAUAUCAAACAAUUAAAACUUUCUUUAGUUGAUCUAUAUAUUGUUUCGCUGGUUGUCUUUUGUUAUGCUAAGAGCAUCUCCACCAGACCCCAUAUAUUGUUUUGAUGGCUGUCUUUUGCUAUGUACAAUGUAUGCCCAAUACGGUUCUCA